AUGCAAAACGCUGUUGUAAUUAGUGAUUCUGAAUUAAUUGAAGCUUCAGUAAAGGUUAUGAAAAAUUCUUAUUCACCUUAUUCUAACUUUCCUGUUGGUGCUGCAUUAUUGACAAAAUGUGGAAAAAUAAUAACAGGAGCUAACAUUGAAAAUGCUUCAUUUGGAGGUACUAUUUGUGCAGAAAGAUCUGCUUUUGUUUCAGCUAUCUCAAGUGGAUACAAAGAUUUUGUUGCAGUUGCAGUCUCAACUAAUCUUGCUGUACCAGGAUCACCUUGUGGUAUUUGUAGACAAUUUAUGAUUGAAUUUGGUAACAUUAAAGUUAUUCUUAAUUCAACAACAACCAAUAAAAUUGAAAUUGUUGAGUUAAAAGAUCUUUUACCUAAAGCAUUUACACCAAAAAGUUUGGAAACUUUUAAUGAGGAAAAUAAAGGUAAAAAUUAA